CUCAGCCUCUCCACCUGCAAGAUGCUCUCGCUGGAUCCACUGGGUCCCAAGUGGGAUUGCCCCCUGGGCUCCAAGGACCUGGAAGAAGAGGAGAGCCCAGGGGGAGGGGGCUCCGACCUCCCACCCACAGGCUGCUUUCCUGGCUCCUGGCGCCAGGAUGUGGGCCUGGACUGCAAAGGCUCCCCUGAAGGGGCUGCGGCCCGGGCCUGGACUGUCUACUACUACAGCCUCCUGCAGAGUUGUCUGCAGCAAGCUGGCCUCCCGGAGACCCAGGACCGCAGCCAGGUGCCCCGUACAGGCUGCCCUGGGGCAGAAGUGACCUUGUGCAUCCUGGGAUCCCCCAGCACCUUUCUGUCCGUGCUGCUGGAGGGCGGCGUCCAGAGUCCCGGAAACAUGCUCCUUUGCCUGUCACCUGCUUGGCUGACGAAGGUGCCAGCACCCGGGCAACCGGGUGAGGCAGCCCUGCUGGUCUCCAAGGCCGUGAGCUUCCAUCCGGGGGGCCUGACAUUCCUGGAUGACUUUGUACCCCCACGCCGUGCCACCUACUUCUUGGCAGGCCUAGGGCUGGGGCCUGGCCAAGGCCGGGAGGCAGCAGAGCUUGCCCGUGACCUGACCUGCCCCACAGGAGCUUCGGCUGAGCUGGCCCGGCUGCUAGAGGACCGGCUGCUGACACGGCGGUUGCUGGCCCAGCAAGGCGGUGCGGCUGUGCCAGCUACCCUAGCUUUCACCUACAAGCCGCCAGGGUUGCUUCAGGGAGGGGAUGCCAGCCCGGGACUACGGCUGGUGGAGCUGAGUGGCAAAGAGGGCCAGGAAACACUGGUGAAAGAGGAAGUAGGGGCCUUUCUGCACUCCGAGGCCCUGGGUGAUGCCCUUCAGGUGGCUGUGAAGCUCAGUGGCUGGCGAUGGCGGGGGUGGCAGACAUUGCACCUGCACCCACGGAGGGAGCUGGACACAGUGGUGGACACAGUGCUGGCCUUGCUGGAGAAGCUGGAGGAGGAGGAGAGCAUCCUGGUAGAGGCUGUGUGCCCACCUCCCCAGCUGCCUUUUCCAGGUGGUCCCUCUCCUGGCCCCGAACUGGCUAUGCGUAUCUGUGCCGUGGUGUGUCGGACACAAGGUGACAGGCCUCUGCUGAGCAAGGUGGUGUGCGGUGUGGGUCGCAGAGACCGGCCUCUUCGGCACCAGAGCUCCCUGCCGAGGACGCUGGAGGUGGCGCUGGCCCAGUGUGGCUUGCGUGAGGCGGCGCAGGUGGGGGUCGUGCGGCAGCGCGUCAAGGCGGCGGCCGAGGCCCGGCUGGCCGCGGUACUGGCCCUGGAGGCCGGCCUGAGCGCCGAGCAGCGCGGCGGGCGCCAGGCCCGCAUUGACUUCCUCGGUGUGGACUUCGCACUGUCGGUGGUGGACCGAGCGCUGACGCCGGUGGCUCUGGAGCUGAACAGUGGCCUGUGCUUGGAGGCGUGCGGCGCAUUUGAAGGGCUGUGGGCCGCGCCGCGUCUGGGCGAGGAGGCGGCGGCCGCGCCGUUGGUGGAGACCAUGCUCCGGCGCUCGGCGCGAUGCCUCAUGGAGGGCAAACAGAUAUUGCUGGUCGGCGCCGGCGGUGUCAGCAAAAAGUUCGUGUGGGAGGCGGCGCGCGACUACGGGCUCAAGCUGCACUUGGUGGAGUCAGACCCCAACCACUUCGCAUCCCAGUUGGUACAGACCUUCAUCCACUUUGAUGUGACGGAGCACCGGAGGGAUGAGGAGAACGCACGGCUGCUGGCAGAGUUGGUACGAGCACGUGGCCUGCAGCUCGAUGGCUGCUUCUCCUACUGGGAUGACUGCCUGGUGCUCACAGCUCUGCUCUGCCAGGAGCUGGGUCUGCCUUGCAGCCCCCCGGCUGCUAUGCGUCUGGCCAAGCAGAAGAGCCGCACCCAGCUACACUUGUUGCGCUGCCGCGGCCCACCCUGGCCUGCGCCCUCUCUUCAUGCCGUGCCCUGCUGCCCACUGGAGAGCGAAGCUGACGUGGAGAGGGCUGUCCAUCAGAUACCCCUGCCAGGUGUCAUGAAGCUGGAGUUCGGGGCAGGUGCAGUGGGUGUGCGACUGGUGGAGGAUGCGUCACAGUGCCAUGAACACUUUUCUCGAAUUGCCCGUGACUUGCAGGGUGAGGCUGACCACCCGGGCAUUGGACUGGGCUGGGGUAAUGCCAUGUUGUUGAUGGAGUUUGUGGAGGGCACUGAGCACGACGUGGACUUGGUGUUGUUUGGUGGGCGGCUGCUAGCUGCCUUUGUCUCUGACAAUGGUCCUACAAGGCUGCCUGGUUUCACUGAGACAGCAGCCUGCAUGCCUACUGGGCUGGCGCCAGAGCAGGAGGCACAGAUGGUGCAGGCAGCUUUCCGCUGCUGCUUGGGCUGUGGUCUGCUUGAUGGGGUUUUCAAUGUGGAGCUCAAGCUGACCGGUGCCGGGCCUCGGCUCAUUGAAAUCAACCCCCGCAUGGGUGGCUUCUAUCUGCGUGACUGGAUUCUGGAGCUCUAUGGCGUGGACCUGCUGUUGGCUGCUGCUAUGGUGGCCUGUGGCCUGCGGCCUGCCCUGCCCACCCACCCACGUGCCCGUGGUCACCUGGUGGGCAUCAUGUGCCUGGUGUCUCAGCACCUGCAAGCACUAAGUUCCACUGCCAGUCAUGAGACCCUGCAAGCCAUGCAUGACCAGGGCCUACUGCGCCUUAAUCUGCUAGAGGAAGCCCUGGUGCCUGGCGAGUAUGAGGAGCCCUAUUGUAGUGUGGCCUGUGCUGGGCCCAGCCCCGCUGAGGCCCGCCACCGCCUGCUGGGCCUCUGCCAGGGCCUGGGCAUUGAUGGACCCAACUAUCCUGUUGCUCACUUCCUGUCUCACUUCAAAUAGCACUGGAGUUAGGGAGCAGGAACCAUGUGCUGGGGGAGGGGCUUGGUACCCUCUGCUUCCUCAUGCUCUUCCUGCCUUUCUCCCUAUAGCCCUGCCCCGAUAGCCUGGCCCACUCCAGUGCCUCAGGUCUGCUUCAGAAUGGCAGGGCUGUUUUGACACCAAAGUUCUCUGGGCUCAAGGGCUACCAAAGCAACUAUGUUGGCCCUCACAAAGGCCAACACCUGCCCCUGGAUUCUAACCUUGGAGAAAGUACAAUAGCUGUAUACACAGACUGCCACUAUUCUCCUCUCGCCCCCCGGGUGGGAGUGGGUUCCAACCCAGCCGUUGCCCCCACCCCACCAGGUCUGGAUCUCUUCCUGCCACCUACACGAAGAGAGUACCUGGCUAGGCCCCUGGCCUUGGACAAAUCCCAGAGAAACCUGAGACUAAAGCCCCUGUCUUCCUCUUACCUCAAUUCCAGGAUGGUUUUAAAGCCUGCUAAAAACUUUUGGCCUACUGGCCCUACUUGCCUCAUUUGGCCUGAGCAAAAGAAGCAGGUGCCCUGUGGUCAGCAGUAAUCAUCUCCCCUCACACCUAGGCAGACACUACUGCUCCCAUUCUAUAGAAGAGG